AUGUUCAAACGUUUCUUCAGUCAGACCGUCUCCAAACCGCAAAUGACUUCCCCACGCCAUCUCGUCAAUAUUCUGCUGCUUUCCAAUGAAGAGUUUGCAUCUCUCGUGAAGAAAGCAGAGUCGCUUAAGAAAGUGGUGAAAAAUGGCUCCAUUGCUCAAAUCAAGGAAAACCACGAUAAGCUUUUGGGUAAAGUGGUGGCCCUUCUUUUCUCCAAACGGUCUACCCGUACCAGAAUCUCCACUGAAGGCGCUGCUGCUCACUUUGGUGCCCAGCCAAUGUUCUUGGGUAAAGAUGAUAUCCAGUUGGGUGUUAACGAACUGAUGUACGAUACUACCAAGGUGAUUUCGCUGAUGACGUCGUGUAUUUUCGCUCGUGUCAAUAAGCACCAGGACAUUGCUGACUUGUGCAAGGACUCGCUGGUUCCUAUUAUCAACUCGCUCUGUGACAUGUACCAUCCACUUCAGGCUAUUGCUGAUCUUUUGAGUAUCAAGGAAGCGUUCGGUAAGACAGAAGGGCUCAAGUUGGCCUGGGUUGGUGAUGCCAAUAAUGUGAUUAACGAUUUGGCCAUUGCUGCUUUGAAAAUGGGCAUUUCUGUGUCUGUGUCUAUUCCAUCUUCUGUGAAGUUUGAACAGACCAUUGUGGACGAUGCUGAAAAGUUGGUGGCUGAAAGUAACGGCAAGGUUUCGUUUGAGGUUGUCAACAGUCCAGCUGAGGCUCUUAAAGAUGCUAAUGUUGUCGUUACGGAUACUUGGAUUUCCAUGGGCGAAGAACUGCAAAAGGAAGCCAAGCUUAAACAGUUUGAAGGGUACCAGAUCACACAAGAAAUGGUAAAAAACGCUGGCGUGAACACCAACUGGAAGUUCAUGCACUGUUUGCCUAGACACCAGGAAGAGGUUGCAGAUGAUGUUUUCUACAGCGACAACUCCAUCGUGUUUGAGGAGGCCGAAAACAGGUUAUACGCUGCCAUGGCAGUGAUCGAGGCUUUCGUGGUGAACAAGGGUGAUUUGUUGAAGUAG